AUGGCCGACCACACCGGCAAGGGCAUCCUCCUCAAGGCCGACUCCAUCGCGGGCGCGUUUCGCGACGAGAUCACGGCCACCAUCGCCCAGGGCGCGCGCGUGCCCAAACUCGUCGGCAUCCUCGCGACCUCUGCCGCCCCGAGCAAGUUCUAUGCCGAGUUUACCAGGAAGCAAUGCGACGAGCUCGGCGUCGAAUUUGUUCUCAAAAAUAUUGGCGCCGCCGCCGACCCCACGUUGGCAGAGGGCGAGGGCGUCGAGGAGGCCAUCAUCGACGCGAACAAUGACGACAGCGUUGAUGGCAUCAUGGUAUACUAUCCCAUCUUCGGAGUGCAGCAGGAUCACUACCUUCAACAAGUUGUAUCUCCCUUGAAGGACGUCGAGGGCCUGCACUUCAAGUUUCACUACAACCUGUACCACAACAUUCGGUAUCUGAAGCCAGAAUCACUGCUCUCGUCUGUUGCGCCGAGCGAGCCGCCACCCCCAGUCGUGAACGAUACAGCCCCUCCAGGCUUCGUUAAAUCGAUCCUACCCUGCACGCCACUCGCGAUUGUCAAGACCCUCGAACACAUCGGCGUGUACAACCGCAUCCUGCCAUACGGAGACCGUGCGUAUGGCAAAACCAUCACGGUCAUUAACCGGUCUGAGGUCGUUGGCCGCCCGCUCGCGGCGCUGCUCGCAAAUGACGGCGCACGGGUCUUCUCUGUUGACAUCGACUCUAUCCAGGAGUACACCAAGCGUCCGCCGAGGCCGUCUGACGCCGCGACGGCCGCGAACGACACGGCGCGCUACCACCCGCGGCACGUCGUGCACCCGUCCGCGCUCUCGCUACAGGCAUGCCUCGCGCUCUCCGACGUUGUCGUCUCCGCCGUCCCGAGCGCGGCGUACAAGGUUAGGACCGAGUGGCUCAAGGAUGGCUGCGUCUGCGUCAACGUCGCCGCGGACAAGAACUUUGAUAAGGACGUCCGCGAGAAGGCCUCGGUGUACAUGCCCACCAUCGGGAAGGUCACUAUCAUGAUGCUACUGCGAAACUUACUGCGUCUGCGCUCGUACCGCGAGGGGGAAAGCCGAAAUACUCCGCAGUCAUCAUGAUAACGCGACGCAGCUUGUGCGCACAAGCACAGCACAGCUCACACAAGCCCGAAAUUUUUUGGAAGGACCCGAAGCUUCUUGUAUUACACCGUAGACAGCAGUGAGGUAGAAAUCAAUGAGUAACUAAUGGGAUGCGUGUGGUAUGCAUGAGUAGAGUAUGGGAUGUGCGACAGAUUAAACGACUGAGACAAGGUUACUUGUCAUCCGAAGUGGGCGACAGAUGCAAGGAAUUCCGGUGUAAGAUUACUCACGAGAGGCAGUCUCAAUCAGACUGCGCCGCCGUAAUUUUGAUUGGGGGUAUGCUGUCAUCAAGCAGGGUCGGCGUGGAGGAGCCUGAGCGGGGGAAGGACCCGCUUAUCGGAGUCGACACGCCUGACACCUCGUCGUCGACCAGGAAGCGAACCCGUUGGCGGUGGAGCUGGGGAAGCUUUGGGAUGAGGACGAAUAUCAGAGCUGAGAGAUUGACGGCGAACAACCACGGGUUGUAGUGUGUGUAAUGCGUCGAGGCCAGGAACAAAACGACGGGCACCGAAAACAGCCACUUCUUCGCGGGCGUAUAGUGAGCUCCUUCGUCAAUCUGUUCCCAGAGAGUAAGGUCGUCGUAGGCUCCUCCAUGCAUGUCCGAUUGGAAUGGGAUUCCGGUGACCCAAUGGAACAUCAAGUAAGAGAACCCGAGGUAGAUCAAGUUAACUAGUGUCCAGCUCAGCUCUUGUGUCAUCCCAGGUACGGUGUCAAUAACUAUCUUUCCCGCAAUGAUGAGGACCGGAUGAAUAGCCCAUGCACCCUUGCGAUUGACCCACUCUGCGUUGACAUUACCGUACAGGCUCUGGUCGAGUCCUUCUUCUUGAGAAUCUUCUCCGACGGUUUCUACUUUGACUAAACUGCUACUUCUCGCACGGCCGACGCGGACUUUGAGUUCUGACGCGGAUGAGGAGGUUUCGAUGGUGACUGUAGGCACGCUGAGGGUUGGCGAGGAGAAUACGCCACUCAUAUCGUUGUUAUCUCAGGGGUUGAACGAGAGAAGAUGUGGCAGGG